CUGAACGUAAACAGAAAGCUCAGCAUGAAGACACGUUUUGUUUGCAGUACUUUACCAAACUAACUGCAGCCACGUUUUAACUGGGAUUAUCAGCCGGAGAAAGAAACCACAGGGAUGUCCGGAGGGAACAAAGCCAUUGAGUUGCAGCUUCAGAUGAGGCAGAAUGCGGAUGAUAUCCACGGCUUCAUGAAGGAGCUGGAGAGCUGGGAAACAGACAUAAAGAAGAAGGACGAGCAGCUGAAGAGCACAGGACAGCCGGAGCAGGUGCAGAAAGAGCUGCCACCUGUGCGAAACAAGGACUAUAAAAAAAAGAUGAGAGAGAAGAAAAGAAAGAAGGCACCCACAGCUCACGGUGACGCAAAAGCAGAGGAACCGAAGGAAACAUCAAGGAUAAACGCCUAUGACUAUCGAUCAUGGGACAAGUUUGAUGUGGACAAAGCUCUGUGUGAGAUGGAUAAAGAGGAAAGUCCAGCAGAGUCAAAUGAGUCGGACUCAGAGGAAGCUACGGUCGAUCAGGAGAGAGCGUUAGCUGAGAAGGAAAAGGGCAAUCAGUUUUUUAAAGAUGGGAAAUACGACGAUGCCAUUGAAUGUUACACCAGAGGAAUGGAUGCAGAUCCUUACAACCCGGUGCUUCCCACAAACAGAGCGGCCUCCUUCAUCAGACUCAAAAAGUUUGCUGUGGCUGAGUCCGACUGCAACUUGGCGAUCGCUCUCAACAGCAAAUACUUCAAAGCGUUCACACGGAGAGGAGCGGCUCGAUUCGCGCUGAAGAAAUACGACUCUGCGUUACAAGAUUAUGAGACGGUUCUCAAGCUUGACCCUGGAAACCUGGAGGCACAGAAUGAAGUGAAGAAAAUCAAAGAGGUCCUCGAACAACAGGCGUCGACCACCCCGAGUGAAAUAGCGCAGCCUCAGGAGACUCCAACAGUGGACCUUGAGCAGCAGAGACUAAUGGAGGAGCAGCAGAGACGACAGGAGGCGGUUAUACAAAAAGACAGAGGUAAUGCUUAUUUCAAAGAGGGGAAGUAUGAGGCGGCUGCGGAGUGCUACAGCAGAGGCUUGGAGGCCGACAGCAUGAACGUGCUGCUGCCCGCCAACAGAGCCAUGGCCUACCUCAAGCUGGAGAAGUACAAGGAAGCGGAGGAAGACUGCACUAAAGCUAUUUCUUUGGACAGUACUUACUCCAAGGCGUUCGCCCGCCGAGCCACCGCCAGAGUGUCUUUAGGAAAGCUGGAGGAGGCAAAACAAGAUUUUCAGGAGGUGUUGAAACUGGAACCAGGAAACAAGCAGGCGCUGAAUGAACUCCAGAAACUCCAGAUUGACGUUGGUUCCAGCGGCCUCCUUCAAACACUGGACAGCUCACAGAGGAGAACAGUUCAGCCAAUAGACAAACCAACACACCUGCGCUCCACUAAACCGUUGAGGAGGAUUGACAUCGAGGAGGUCAGUGGUAAGGUGACGCUGCCUGAGGUUGAGUCAGGUGGGUCCAGCUCUUUCAUUCAGGAGGUGGUGAGAGAGGCGGAGUGUGUAUCGUCGCCGCUGUCAACGUCACCCAGCGCAAAGAUGAUCAAGAUCGAGGAAAUAACAGACGUCCCCUCACACUCAUCUGAGCAAGUUCCUGCUGGCAGACAGACAAAAGAACCCGCACAGGAAGAAAUCACUCCUCCUCCGCCUGCCGAACCAUCAGCCAAACCCUCCUCAAUACUAACAGACCCGCCUCCUCCGCCCACCAGCAGCUUCCAGCUGGAGGCCGACCUCCGCAAGAUCGGAAACCAGCCUGAAGUCAUUUACAGAUAUCUGACGCAAAUUAAGCCAGAAGUGUAUGCAAACAUUUUCCACAACUCCCUCGAACCUGAUAUUCUCAAUCAGAUCCUUAAGACGCUGCAUGAUUUUUACAUCAAGAAUGAAGCGCCGGCCGUCACACUGGAGAUCCUCAAGAAUCUGUCGAGCGUGAGGCGCUUCGACAUGGCCGUCAUGUUCAUGUCUUCCACGGAGAAGAAAAUGCUUAAUGAAUUGUUCGACUUCCUUCGCCGAGCCAACAUGGAUGAAGCAUGUGUUACAGCCUUACAGAAGAAAUAUGGUGUAUGACCCCUGGAUUUAAAUGUGCAAGUUCAAUAGACUUUAAAUUUCAACAGAGUGCUCAACUGGAAAUAAAAUCAAUAAAACACCUUAGUUUUACUCUGAUACUGAAUAAACUUUCAUCACUUCCACCUCCAUUAAAUUGGAAUGCUGCAUAUUGGCCUUAUUUAUAGUUAAAAGCUGGAAAUUCACAGAUUGUAACUCUGACUUUGGUGCAUUUUACUUAAUAAAAACGUUUAGAAUCUUGUUACUUAUGCAAAAGCUAAUGUCUCUGAUGAUGACAUCAUCCUGUUUACAUGUAUACUGUAUGUUUUACCAUUUAUUGCACAACUGUUUUCAUACGUUUAUGAGGAUACAAUGCUGAAAAUUGUGUUUUCUAUAUUUUGAGACCUACUUGGUUAUGGAGGUAGAAAUAUACACGUCUAACUCAUUCCUGCUGCAUAAAGGCACGCUACAUAGAAAAUAGACAAAUGCUGACUCUUCAAACUCAGUUCAGGUUUAUGCAAGUGUAUUGUAUGUGAGUUGACAUGAAGUUAUAUAACUACAUCUAAGGGAAUGAACCAACCAGACGCUGUGUUCUAUAAAAAGGAAGUGUGAAUUCUCAACUUUCUAGUACAUCUCGAGAGCAGUGUGAAAGUGUGGAUUGGUCUCUGUGAGUACUCUACCCAGUUUGAAUGUUCUUCAUGUUCUUAUACCUGCCAAA